CAUUUCUGUCCCGCAGUAUUCACAACUGGGUCACAUAAUUUUGCCCCCCUCCCCAGAUGGCAUUGUAGCAAAGCGUUGGACGACAAAACUUGUUCCGCUGCACGAUUUCGUCGGAAUAUUUUAGCCAAGUCGUUGUGAACCACGCAGAAUGACGUCGUUUUCGGAGAGUGCCUUGGAGAGAAAGCUUUCCGAGCUGAGUAACUCUCAGCAGAGCAUCCAGACUCUGUCUCUGUGGCUGAUACACCACAGAAAACACCACAAACUCAUCGUGCAAACAUGGCAGAACGAGCUCCAUAAAGCCAAACCUGGUCGUAAGCUGACCUUCAUGUACCUGGCCAACGAUGUCAUACAGAACAGUAAGAAGAAGGGACCAGAGUUCACAAAAGAGUUCACCAACGUUCUGGUUCGAGCAUUCCAACAUGUAGCAAGGUAUACUGCAACAGAUGACGAUACAGUAAAACGGCUGGAAAGAAUAGUAGACAUCUGGAAGGAGAGAGCAGUUUAUGAUGCUGAUUAUGUAGACCAACUCAAACGAGGACUCCACAAGCGAUCGGGAAAUGAAGACAGGCGGUCUCCUGUGAAGAAGAAGAAGGUGGAGCCUGUAGUUCUACUCGAGGAGGAGGAGGAAGAGGAGGACGGCUCAUCUCCACAGGAACCUCCAGAGCCAGAGGAACUGAUGAAGGCCCUGAUGGAGCUGGAACAUUCGGCCUCGAGCGAUGCUGCGGUGAGAGAGAAGAUCGCAAACCUCCCUCCUGAAGUACAGGACGUCUCAAUGCUAGAGAAAAUACAAGCGGACCGAGAUUCGGCGGAAAAGUUGUCGAAGAUGGUCGACGAGGCUUGCAUGCUGCUUGCGGAGUACAACGGGAGACUUGCCGCGGAGCUGGAGGACAGGAAACACGUGUCCAGGAUGCUAAAGGACUUCGUAGCCGUGCAGAAGGAGAAACUAGCGCAGUCUGAGGAAAUGUUGUCGGAGUACAAGACCAAGUUGGCCAAGGUGACGAGCGUGAGGAAAGAACUGAAGUCUCAUCUGCAGAAUCUCCCGGACCUGACUCUCCUGCCCGACGUGACAGGGGGCCUCGCACCGCUACCGUCUGCCGGGGACCUCUUCUCUUCAGAAUGAACAAAAAUUCUUUCAAAAUUUACAUAAUUAUAAGUUAGUCCACUAAUACGCAAUUGAGCCUAUAGGCUGCUAUGUUUUGCAAAGGCAAAACUACCCAAAAAAGACCACACUGGGAUCCACACAGGAUUCCUAAUUAUCAAUGGGGAAAAUUACUUGUAUCUAUGGAUUUACCAAAAAGUGGUCACAUUGGCCAGUCAAAACUGCUAAAAAGAAGACCACUGGGGUCUGAUAAAAUCUGGUCUAUGAGUACAGGUGGUCACUAUAGACAGGAUUCUUAAUGCUUUUGUUACUGGGAAAAUAAUUUACUGGACUACCAAAAAGGGUUCGUAAUGGCCAGGUGGUCCUUAUGUAGAGGUGGUCACUUGUACAGGUUUGUAUGUGCUGUAACUCUUAAGACAUUCACGGUGGUUUUAUUGUUGGCAUUUUUGUGGCCACCACUUCACUGCAAAUAUAACAGCAAAUAUUCGUUUCCAAUGUAUUCCUACUGUGCCACAGAAUUGUUUUAGUCCCAAAUUCAAAAUGCUGUGAAAACCUCCCUUUACUUCUACUGCAAAGUAAAACCACUGUGGAAGUAACUGAAUGUACAGAAAAAGACUUCUGACGUCAGAGUUGUCGCCAAUAAAGACAACUGGCUGCUGAAGAGAAACUCAGACUGGAUAUGUUACAUUGAUUUUAGUUGUCGAUGAGGUAAUACCUCUAACCGUUAAGGGUGUAUCUCACUGGGCUUGGGUACGUUGACGGUGUGGCUGCGUUCUAAAUUUGAUUUGUGUUACCCUUGACUUUGCAAUGGGAAUGUCAUGUAAAAUGUACAACAAAAUGUAUAACAAAAAUUGGCAAACACAAAAAGCAUAAAAAGAUUUGUUUUUUAUUAAUGAAAUUCUUUGAACACUCUGUCAAAUCAUUUGGUGACAAUGACGCCGGCUACGCACCACAGUUUCAGUAACCCCCCCCUUAAGAAUCUUUGAGGACCUAUUGUUGCAAGAGAUUAUUGUACCAUGUUGAGUAACACUAUGUCAUGAUCUGAAAAUGAUGCCAGUAGAAAAAAAUAAUUCAUGGUAACUAGGUUAGUAAUUUGACUUGGUUAGCUGAGACUUGUGCAGUCAUUGUAUCCACACACGUGUUGUAGCUGAGGCCACACUGGCUUAAUUUUAUGAAUGACAUUUGUGCGCGCAUUGAUUUUUGCCAGUCCAAAAAGAAAGUGUCGCCACAUGUGCCCUAAUAGCCUCUGUGAUCAAUUAAAGUUUUAUGCUUGCCAGAGGAUCUGCUUUCCAGGGUAGGGGGGCACAUGGUCAGGGCAUGGGACCACAGUGUCCUUGUUCCCCUCUUUAAAGAAUAGCAAUAAAAACAUUAUCGAAAUGGCGACGAUUCUUGCAGUCUUACAACAGGUGAAAAUAAGACAAACCAAGCCUGGGAAAGAAUAGACUGGAUGUUUAGUCCUGCAGUUUAGCAGCAUUUUUUUGCCCUCGUGCACUAGGCUUGGGUCUCCAGAGGAUGUCAUCCAUAAAAUUAAGUCACUGUAGCCUAAUAAAGGGUCAAAGUUAUUCUAGCUAAAAUAUGCUUCGCGGACCUUCCACUGGUCAGGCCCUAAAAAACUCAAUGGUCAAUGCCUCUAAAUAAGGAGAAUUUGGAACAUCACAAUCCUCUUGAUUUGAUGUUCUUGGAGGCUGUGAUGACUGGUUUCCAUGGUGACAGAGAAUCCUAAGCUCUUAUUGGUCUGUCUCCUUUUUGAAAUCAGUCCCCUGGCAUAGUUGUAAACAGCCACAAACUCCUUGUGAAGCGGCGGCAUCGGGUGAGAGAGACUAGCAGGCAGUUUAGUGAAAGGAGCUUCUAGCUUCCUCGUUUAGUUAUCUAAUUUGAGAGACAAAGAUAUGGUGACUGGGCAUGCUCACACUUGCAUAUAAGCUCCCAAUGCUUGUACAUGUGUAUACAAUGGUACAUCUUCAUACAUACAAGUACACAACACAUAUCUUUCCAAUUCCUAGUUACUUAUGCAUAGAAUAUUAUGUUGUCUAGGUCACUCACUUUAGAUACUUGUUUUUCUGUUUGAGAAAACUCCUAGCAUACAAAGUACCUAGCAUAUAGUCUGUGAGAAAGAAUUCCAUAGCAAUUAAAUUAUUAGCAAUGUUGUAAAAGUUGGGUGGCAGUUCUGGAGUGGUAGCAGAAUGGUCCAAUGUCCUUUGAUAUGUAAAAUAAAAUAAAUACUAGAAGCAGGAUUGUACCUACAAUGAGAAAAGUUGCACUGUUCUAUGGUGUAUAUACAAAAAGAGGAUAAAAUCCUUCUCUUGAUAUGGAGUUGGUCUGAUUUUUUCUGUGGUCCUUGAUCAGAUUACACUUUUAUUUACUCUAUACAUGUAGCCGAGGUAUGUGUAGACUUACAGUAUUCACAGUGUUAGAUCCUUGCUACAUAACAGACAUGAGACCUUAUGUAAAGGCAAGUCAGUCUAUACAACUGGAUAAGAUAUGGACAUUACUGCCAAAGUAAUCUAUGUAUCUUAUCCAAUCGUGGAGAGGAUUUGUCUUUGAAUGUUGUUUACUCAUUAAGAUAUCAAAGGGUGUCUAUCCAACUGGAAAAUUCAUUAACUGUUACAGAAAAAGAAAGGAUAGGCGACUUUGAUACAUCUACUUUACUUUAGUCUUUGUUUGUUGUUAGAUGAACUAAUUGCAAAUGUAGUAGUGUCUGGUUUGUUCCAAGGAGGUCGAUGUUUUUUGUACUGGUCAAGUACUAUUCCACUGUACAACCCCACAUGCUCUGCCUGUUAGUAUGUAGAUUGUGAUGGUCUGGGCCAAAUAAUGCUGGAAAUAUUUGUAAAGUCUUUAUAUGAGUGUUAGGGUCUAUUCAAAUCUAUAAUUUCUCUAGAAUUGAAUUACUAGAAGGUCCAGCUGUAUAUUUUUUUUUCAAAUUUGAGUUUGUGACAUCAAGUGUUGGUGGGGCUUAAAAGUAUUGUCAACAUUUUUUAUAAACUUUAUGUGAAUAUUUGUUAUUUUUGUGUAGAUCGACUUGAAAUUGAAUUGUGAUCUGUUACUGCAAACUGGUUACUGUAGAUCUUUACACUGUAUUACCAGUAACUUGUCCUCCAGUAGUACCAGUAGUACAAUGCAUGAUCAGCAGUUGGGACUUGAAGCUUUUUUUUUUGCCCAACAAUACUAUUGAAAUAAGAGACCAACAUACAACAUCAAAACAUCACAUCCCUUCUGUGACCAGACAAAUUAACAUGAACAGUAUCAAAUUGUGAUAAGUUAGGCUUGUAAUUUUAGUGGUGUGGAAAGAGGAAGGGCAGUGAUCUUUUUGGGGGUAUUAAUAUUGAGUUAGCCAUCACUAGUGCCAUAUUAUAUAGUAACCACAUGUAGGGUACAUGAAAUAGAUACUACCCUUCAGUAUCUAGUAAAUGUUGACUAGUAUGGUUUCGUGGCUCUGUGAAUAAAGGCAUUCUGUAACAUAUGAUAUGCAAUAUAAAAGCCGAUUGCUGGUAAAUUAUUAAUACUUCACUAAUAGUGUUACAUGUAUGUGCCUGCAAAUGAAGAUAACUUUACAUUGAGCAGAAAUGAGUCAUAUAAUUCCUGUGAAUAAAUAGCAAUACUGUU